UGGUCAUGCAUUUUUUUCCUUUCUUUUUUCAUUAUUAAUUAUUCCACAUCACCAAAUAUAUUCAACCGAAACAAAAUAACACUCCAUUCCUCAUCAUUCCGAGUUUUACUUGGUUUCUUACACUAAAGUAGAAAAAAAAAAGCAAGCAACUCAUGGAAACUUUAUGGGAUUUUGAAGACAAAUUGAAGAUUUCAACACUAGGUGCUAUUCUUCUACUUGCAUGUGCAAGUUUUGCACUUGUUUGCCUUUGCACUAUUAUUGUACUUAAAAGGAAGGCUAGUAAUAAUAAGAUUGUGCACCAAGAGGGUAUUAUUAUAGAAGAGAAUGAAACUACUACUAUUACUACCACUACCACAAAUGCUACUACUACUAUUUAUACAAAAUGGUUAGAACCAAGUUGUGGAUGUAUUUCAGUGAAGAGGGUGUUGAUGGGGUCAAUGGUGUGGAGCAGGGCAAGAAAAUUGGAAGAGAUUAAUAUUGGGUGGCAGAGAGAGAAAGGAUCUCCAUUGCUUGGCUUACAAAGGCAAUGUCUUGAAAAUGGUUGGAGAAGUCUUAGUCAUGACUCAGCAUCGGCAGUGUGGCAAAGACCAAUACUUAGAGGAGAGAAAUGUGAACUUCCAAGUUUUAGUGGCCUCAUUCUCUAUGAUGAAAAAGGAAGGUUGCUUAAUGAUUCUGUGAGUGAGAUACAAUGCAAUGAAACAUCAAAACAGGAAGGACGGGAUGUUACACUGAAAACAAUGUUAAAAGAUUUACUAUAGUACUUAUAUUACUGGGUCUUUCUUUCUGCUCUAAGUUUGUAUCAAAUAGACAACAAGGUUUUACUGUAAUGAAAUUACUAUAUCACUCUGCUUCUAAGUCACAAAAAAUGCAGUUUAAUAACACAUUGACAACCUUCUUUCA